AACUGAUCCUUAUAAAAAGGAAGUUCAGGUGCCUGGAGAAGCACUUCUUUCUCUUGAGUGCAAAGAGAGUAUUACCAUUAUGAGCUUCACUGGAAAAUAUGAACGCCAGUCCCAGGAGAAUUUUGAGCCAUUCAUGAAAGCUGUUGGUCUUUCCGAUGAGCAGAUUGAAAAAGGCAAGGCCAACAAAAGCAUCACUGAAAUUGUGCAAACUGGGAAGAAGUUCAAGGUUACUUUGACAACUGGUGACAAAAGCGUGACAAAUGAGUUUGUAAUUGGGGAGGAGGCUGAGCUGGAUACCCCAACAGGACAGAAGUUCAAGACUGUUGUUAACAUGGAAGGAGAUAAUAAGAUGGUAGUAAACUUGAACGACAUCAAGUCUGUAACUGAAAUUAAUGGAGACACCCUUAUUAAUACACUGAUCAAGGGUGACCAUCAAUACAGGAGUAUCAGUAAGAGAAUCUAAAACACGUAGGCAUUUCUAUGCUUUUGCUGUGUAAAAGUGGUUCAAUAAAGUACAAUUUAUACAAACGUC